AUCUGGUUUGUAUCAUUAGCCUUCAAACCUGAGCUGUCUAUGACAUCACAGAGCGAUGUGUGACCUCACUCUGUUUCUAGGGAGACAUGUACACUAGAUGAAUAAGUGCCCCAAGUCAGACUGAAUUUUUCCUCCUAACACUUAGCAGCAUCCCUGCUAUCCAGAAUGAUUAGUGGCCGGUCAUCUGCAAUUUCUAUUUCUCCAGGAAAAUCUUACAUCAGAAAAUCUUUCUCUGUGUCCUCUGAAAAGAUGGGGCGUCUCCCCCUAGGGAUUGUUUCUCCCUAUGUAAAAACAAGCUCUGGUGGAAGUAUGGACCCUAUGAAAUUUUACUGCACCAGCUAUGGCACUGCUUAUGGCCAAGAAGGGUUUCGUCCACGGAAUGGCUUCCACUCCGGAGCUGGAUACAAAAGCAACUACCGGCCUGUUGUCCAAUACCAACCAAGCCUAGACAAAUUAGAUAAUCCAGCUGUGGGGAAGCUCCUUCAUGACAACUAUGAAUCAACAGCUACUAAGCACUUCCAGCCUCUUCAGCUCCCAGAUGGGAAAUACCCUCUUCCCUGGAAUGUGUACCAGACAGGGAGUGGGUAUGACCGUGAAAAACCACUUUCCUUUCCCACCACUAAAGCAGUCAAGAAAGUCCAUUUUGACACAGCAGACCAGGGAGCACGAGCUAUCACAGGGCUGGAGCCGAGGCACACCCCUGCGCUCCUCAAGUCACUAGGAAAAGGCUCCGUCGAUGUGGAAAAUGCCAGACAUGGGCCACACUACAUGUCCACAGAGUACGGCUCAAAGUUUCGCUUCAACAUUCCAGGACAACCAGAUUUCCUGCAAAAGAAAACAAUUGGAGCCAAGGAAGAGACAGGAUUCACUGAAGGCUGUCUUGCUAACCCCAUUGUGGACAAGCUAACAUCUCAGGGCCACAGUCCUGGGCUCAGCAUUACGAAGACCGAUUAUCUGCCAUCUUCCCCUCCACAUGGUGAUGAGUUUCUACCAGUCCUCUCCAAGGGCUCCGAGAGGGGCUCUGGAUUCAGUCGGGAGACGGACCUUGGCACUACUGCAGUUCCACCCCCGGCAGAAGUACCCGGUCCCCUGAGCCACUCUCAGUUCCAAGGGCUUCAGCGGCAACCUCAAACACAGACCAGCCUUCUAGGCCGGGAAUACGUGGGUAACAAGGAGCCGACAGGAUUCAGCAUCAAUAACCUCAGUUAUGUGACACCUGCGUAUGAUGCAGAUCUGCCCAACAGGUUCCUGACUAGUUAUAACUCCAAGUUUUAUGAAAACAUUCCAAAGGGAGUGGACAGAGAAGGCUGGACGCGAGGAGGGAUCCAGCCGCAGCAGGCAGGUGGUUUUGCGACCAACAACCAUGCCACUGACUUAGGCACUGACCCCAAUGCCACAGAGACCUUGAGGACUGUCCACCCCCAUAUUGGCAGGACAAUCACAACAGUUGAUCCAUUCUAUCGUGAUUCUCCCCAUGACCGCAGCUUCACAGCUCUCCAUCAGACGAUGGUACCCAGUUAAAUUCUGUUCUGAAUUGGACAGCACUGUGUGAUGUCUUCAGGCUUCAGGCCACUGUCCCACAUCCUAAGAAAGGAGCACCAGUGAUAACGCAGUCAAGUCACACCAAUCGUCUUUUAUGUCAACGGUUGUAUUGUUUUAAAGAAAUUAAAUCAUAUCUUGCUGCUAGGACUAGUUGAUCCAGACACAGUGUCGCAGUGGAGGUGGAAAGUUCUGUGGAUGUGGGGAUGGGAGGGUAAGACUUUCAUAAGGACCCUGGAGAAGCUUUAAGACUCAGU